AUGUCAGAAUCUGAUCUCUCUUUUCUUGAUUCAAUCCAACACCACCUUCUCUACGAUUCCCAGAUCUCCAAUCUUUUUCCGGAGACGAGCAGUGGAUCAUCUGGCAGCAGUGCAACACUAGGGGACGUGGUGGCUUCCGGUGGGUUCGACCUGCCGGUGGUGAAGCUCGAGACAUCAGAAGAAAAUCAAGAAAUGGAAAAGCAAGAAGUUGAGGCGGGACGUGAAACUCACGCGCCUCAGGAGUUCAGGAAGUUUCGGGGUGUGAGGCGGCGGCCAUGGGGGAAGUAUGCAGCGGAGAUAAGAGACCCGGCGAAGCGUGGGGCGAGGGUGUGGCUUGGGACUUAUGAAACUCCGGAGGAUGCAGCGGUGGCUUAUGAUCAAGCAGCUUAUAAGAUUCGUGGGUCUCGCGCUUUGUUGAACUUCCCGCACCUGAUUGGAACAAACAUGGCAGAGCCAGUGAGGGUAACUCAACGUCGGAAGUCAGUGAUGGAGGCUGGGUCGCCACCAUCAUCUUCGUCGGAAGACGGAGGCAUAAAGAGACCAAGGAAAAGUGGUACAGUGGAUGAUUACUAUCUGCCAUACUAA